CCCUUGUUGACCACCCGGAAUUGGAAGAUCCGGCAUCCAGUCCCAGCCGGCAAGCGGCUACCUGAUUCGGGCUACUUUAACAUACUGGCGGUAAGUCAAGUUGCGCUUGACCCUGGUGGCAGUAUUAGAUCGCACCACUCGUGCUGCACAUUCAGGAAGCUCCUUGGGCCGUCGCAAUGCUGGCCAAAGCUACACUCUACGCCAAGCUUGCGAGCUACAUGCUCUUUGUACUCUGGGGUGAACUUCGACGUUCAGUAAGAACUGCCCUGGUACAACGUCGAAUCCGUCGCCGACCUUCUUCGGCAGCGUCUACGCCCAGGACUCGCAAUAUUGUGAUUGUGGGCGCCAACUUCUCGGGGCACCACGUUGCGUACAUCCUGACAAGCAGUCUGCCCCCGGACAGCCCCUAUCGGGUUGUGGUCAUUGAGCCAAACUCUCAUUUUCAGUUCACCUGGGUUCUACCAAGACUAUGCGUCGUCAAGGGUCAUGAGCACAAGGCCUUUAUCCCCUACGGAGGACUCGUGCGAGACAACCCGGAGGGCGUGCUGCGAUGGGUCACAGACCGCGUGGCGAGCGUGACUGAAAAGGCUGUUCACCUAGCAAACAGUGGCGAGGAUGUUCCUUACGACAUCCUCGUCAUUGCGACGGGGUCUGGUGUAGACAAAGGCCUGCCCUCUCGCGUCAACGCAACCGACAAACUUGCUGGGAUGAAGCUCAUACAGGAGCUGCAGCAAAGGAUCGAACUGGCCGAGACCGUCGUCGUCGUCGGAGGCGGUGCUGCAGGCGUUGAGAUCGCCACUGACGCGAAGCAUCUUUACCCAAAGAAGAACGUCAUUCUUGUCCACUCUCGCGACGCCGUCAUGCAUCGAUUCGGUAGAGGCUUGCAAAAUUCGGCUUUAGAAGCGCUGCAAACACUCGGAGUUGAGGUCAUCCUCAACGAGCGCGUCAACGAGGGAGGACGGGAGAGCGGCGCCAUCGUCCUGCGAUCCGGGCGCAAAGUUUUAUGCGAUCUGGUUAUUGAUUGCACGGGACAGAAGCCGUCGUCCCAAGUCAUCGAGAGCUUAGUCCCGACUGCCAUCUCGCCAAACGGUCACAUCAAGGUCAAAGACACUCUGCAAAUUGAUGCGGCAAAUGUGCCAAACGUCUACGCCUGUGGCGACGUUGCCGACACGCACACGCCCAAUCCUAAUGCCCGUUCCGCGAUGCGUCAGGCUACGGUAGUUGCGGAAAACAUUUUGCUCGUCACACAGGGACAGGAGCCCAAGCACAAAUACACCAACCUAUGGGCUGAUGGUGUCAUCAAACUUACACUGGGACUAGAUCGGUCGAUCACACAUCUGGGGGAUGGGAAAUCGGAGCUCCUAUUCAAGGGAAAGGAGACUGAUGAGGCCCUGAUGUCGGCCAUGUGCUGGUCGCGAAUGGGUCAGAAGCCUUUUGAAGACCCUUACAUGGCCAAAGCGGAGACUGAAACGACGUCACUAUCGGUAUGACAUUUACAUGUACAUUGGUGACCACGACGUCCAUGUCUCGACAUCAGGUGUUUCGUGACAUUUUGCUCAACAUUAGUUUGAACUUUGAUCUUGAUAUAUCGCGGGCAUUUUUAUGAGUCAAAAGAUGAGAGGGUUCUUGCUAGCAUUGAGAGGCUUAAAGCUUGCCGCUUCAUUUUCACCCUCGAUUUGUUUGCACUCAGGGUUCACGCCCCGCGCAAGACCGCCGUCGAACUGCAUAAUUCGUGUUUUGAGAGCUCAAGUGAAGGAAUAAUCAUCAAAUGACAUGCGGGGUGCGAUCGGGGCGGUGGAAGAGUAUGUCCUAUAGCUAAUCACUAGACAACAUUGAAGCCGUUCCUGCUUCUUUCCUAA